AUGGAGGAUCAGGCGGCGCAGGAGGAAGGCGAGGCCGAGAUCCAGGAGCUGCACGGGCCCGAGCACUGGUUCAGCCAGUGGGAGCGGCAGUGCCUGGCCGAGGCCGAGCAGGAUGACGGCAACGGCCUGGGCGGCGGCGGGGGCGGCCCGCUGCCGCCCGAACUGCAGGACGACGACGAGGCGGCCGCCGCCGCCACCCCACAGCCGGAGCCCAAGCAGCAGAAGCUCUGGCACCUCUUCCAGAACUCGGCCACCGCCGUGGCGCAGCUCUACAAGGACCGCGUGUGCCAGCAGCCCGGCCUCUCCCUCUGGGUGCCCUUCCAGAACGCGGCCACCGCCGUCACCAACCUCUACAAAGAAAGUGUGGAUGCUCAUCAACGGAGCUUUGAUGUAGGAAUCCAUAUUGGCUAUCAGCGCCGUAAUAAGGACGUCUUGGCUUGGGUUAAAAAGCGCAGAAGAACUAUUCGCAGAGAAGACUUAAUCAGUUUCCUGUGUGGGAAAGCGCCUCCUCCACGAAACUCUAGACCUCCCCCAAGACUGACUGUAGUAUCCCCUAACCGGGCGACAUCCACGGAAACUAGUUCUUCGGUCGAGACGGACUUGCAGCCCUUCCGGGAAGCCAUAGCUCUUCAUGGUCUCAGCGGUGCGAUGGCCAGCAUCAGCGUUCGCUCGAGCACCCCGGGCUCCCCCACUCAUGUGAGCAGCGGCUCCAACGGGAGCCGAAGGAGAAACGGACUCCAUGAUGUUGACUUGAACACUUUCAUAUCUGAAGAAAUGGCGCUCCACUUGGACAAUGGUGGAACUAGGAAGCGUACCUCAGCCCAGUGCGGUGAUGGCAUUACGGACUCCCCAACCCAUAAACGCAACCGUAUGAUCUAAAUGACAACCUUGUUUUCACCCUCCCCUCUUCCCCGCCCGCCCCUUUGCUCAAAAGCCCACUGGUGCUCAUCCGCCCACUGGGAAAACGAAUUUGAGGCUCUCUCUUCUUGAGUCACACAAAAAUUGCCAUUAAAA